AUGGAGAAAACUGAAGAAAAAGAAGAGAUAGCGAGACAAGUAAUACUGGACGUUUAUAAUGAAGAUACUUCGAAACUGGUAUUCAUUGCACUGCAGUUCUGGGACAACUAUUCCGAUGGAAGUAGGCAUUUUCGAUGGAUUGAUGCAGGCGCUUACUUUGGUUGUUUGUGUAUUAUGGGAAUUUGUUUCUCUACAAUCAUGUUUUGUGCUCUGAAAAUCUUUUUCAAAUUGAAAUGUGAACAAACUGCGAUGAGUGCAAAAACAAAAGAUAUGAAUAGACAGUUGUUACUAACUCUAGUGUUUCAAACAGCUCUCCCGUUUUUCACAAUGUAUAGUACUGUUGGUAUCAUUCUCACUCUUCCUAUUUUCGAAAUUGAAGUUGGUCGAAAAGGAAAUGUUGUUGCAUCACUUGCAUGUGUCUAUCCGGCUAUCGAACCAUUAAUUGCAAUAUUUUUUGUAAAGGAUUUUAGAAGAGUGUUCUUAUGUAAAGGGAAAGUAAACACUUCAGUUAACCAUUUUCCACUUCAAGAAGCUCAAGAUAAUUCUCGUAGAAGCUCAAGUAAGUUCAUUAACAAGUCUUUGUUUUGA